AUGUUCUUCAUCAGUACCACGAUUCACGUAAUUUCUUUGGUCACAUUAUUUGUGAUGGAUUCACACUUGAGAGCUGGAACAGAAACGCGCGCGAUGCUCCUCAGUCAUAUAUUUGGGAGGCUAAAAAUUGUGCCCUCGCGUGUUCUUCCCAGAAUUAGAUGUGCUACAUCGGUUAGGACUCAAUCGACGUCGACAGCCGCCAUUUUGUUGCAAAAGAACUUAGCUCAACGCAACAAGUCCCUUUACAACGACAGUGGCGAUACGUUGCGCUGUACUAUAUUGGACUCACAGGGAAACUUAGGGACGCCGUCAUUGGAAGUCAGAAGGGAAGAUUUGAUCUACAAGCAUGGUUUACUGCCGCGAGAUCUAAGAAAAAUCGAGAAAUCAAGAAAGAACGAUCUGGUUCCCAUUAUCUUAGUGCGUGAAAACAGUAUACUCAUCAGUUUGCUCACUAUAAGAGCCCUAGUGAAAAGCGAUAAUGUUAUUUUGUUUGAUCAAGUGGGCCAUUCACUCGAGUCGCGGCCACACAGAGACUUUGUCAAUGAUCUCCGAAUGAGGCUGCGGAACCAGGACGGAAACGGUAUAACAAAAGACCCUUUGCCUUACGAGUUCCGGGCACUUGAGUCCAUCUUUAUAUCUGCGCUUUCAAACCUUACCGCGGAGAUGAAAGUGAACCUUACCGUGACACGAGGCAUCCUGCAAGACCUGGAAACAGGUAUAACGCGAGAUAAGCUGCGAUUUUUGCUGGUUCAAAAUAAAAAGCUGAGUAUCUUCUACAAGAAGGUUACACUAAUGGGUGAAAUGAUAGACGACUUGUUGGAACAAGACGAUGUUUUAUGCGAGAUGUAUUUGACGAGCAAAAAGAUGGGGAUAUACCGCGACGAAAAGGACCACGCAGAAAUCGAGAUGCUACUUGAGACGUACUAUGCACAUGUUGGGGAAGUAGUUCAAACAAUUGGCAGUGCAAUCUCUGACGUCAGGACAACAGAGGAAAUUAUCAACAUCAUUCUUGAUUCGAACCGCAACCAGCUCAUGCUCUUAGGCCUACGUUUCAGCAUUGGCCUUCUAGCCUUGGGAAGCGCACUUUAUGUCGCCUCGCUUUACGGUAUGAACCUAGAAAACUACAUCGAAGAGGGGAACGUGGGGUUUGUUCUUGUCACAACCGUCUCUGUCAUUUCUAUGGCUAUCAUAUUCACGUACAGUGUAAGAAGGCUUCACAGACUACAGAAAAUGACACUGACAGAGAGACACACUCCCAAAGUAUGA